AUGGCUGCUAACAACACCUCUGAUGGUUCAAAAAGUAUCUUUACCAACUACAUUACUUCUCCUCCCAAUUACGAUAGUUGGGCCACUGAUAUCAAAUUAUGGGUUACCGGACAAGGUUACAAGGACCAUCUUACUACGAAGUUCGAUACCGAUAAACCAAAAUGGGAACAGAUCGAUGCUCAAUUGUGCAGUGUUAUCAAAUCCGCACUUCACCCUGAUAUCAAACCGAUCUUCCGUCCUCAUAUCACGUGUGAAUCAGUUUGGAGUCAGGCUAAGAAACUUUACACUAAUGACACUCAGCGCCUUUAUGGAGUUGGUCACAAAUUGAUGAAUAUCAUUACUCCGAAAAAGAUAGAAGGCUCUAUUUCAACAUAUCUCGGUAAUGUUCAUUUUGCACUUCAUGAUUUUAAUGAGCUUCUCCCUCAUGUCGUAAGCUCUACAACUGAACAGGAGAAGGAACGUGAACAACAUAGCACCUUCUUAAUGCUCCUUUCCCUUUAUGGUUUACCAGAAGAGUACGCUGCGAUUCAUGAUCAGAUUUUGGGUUCUGCAACUGUUCCGGAUAUGUCUACAACAUAUGCUAUCCUCCUUCGAGUACCUGCAAAACAUUCACUCGAGCCUAUUAUUACCCCUGCACCAGGUGACACUACUGCCCUUGCAUCAUUUUGGAAAUAACAAGAAUCGAUACCGAGGAGGGCCAUCCAACUCUAAACUUCAUUCCAAUUUCAAGUGUGCGCAUUGUCACCAAUCCAACCAUGAUAUUGAUAAUUGAUGGGUGUUGCAUGGCAAACCUCAUUGACGUCGGGUUAAUACGACUCAAACUGAUCAGUCUCGCAUCAUUCAGACCAAGCCUUCUCCCCAAGGCUCUCCGGCAUGCUAUGAAGAU